AUGGCUACGGGAUUCGGCAAGAACUUCACGGCUUGCCUCAUCUUGAUAGCUGCUGCGUUUACGGUCGCAGCGGCGGAAAAGUUCACGAUACGGAACGAGAUUCGGGGGGCGAAGGGACGAGACGGGAUACUGGCGGUGAGAUGCUGGUCGAGAGACGACAAGCUCGGUCUGCACCAGAUCUUUCCCGGACAGUCCAGGAGCUGGGAAUUCAAACUGGCGGUCAGGUUCUGGCCGUUUGCGUACACCGAGUUCCGGUGCCAGUUCCGAACGGCUUUCGGGACGACUCAGGACGAAAACGUCGUCGUGUUCGAGGAUAACGAGGACUUCAGACUCGGAUGCGACAAACCGAAAGGGCAGGAGUGUGUUUGGGUCGCGAAGAGGAGCGGUCUGUACCUAAGGAAGAAGAUCGUAUGGUUCAAAGAACGUCACUACGAGGACGUAUUGAAGAGCAAAUGGGUUUGGGGAUGGUGA